CGGUCCGGAUGCUCGGCACAUCCCGGGGUGCACGGAGAGCGGACUACGGAGCUGCUGCCGCUGUCAGCCUGCAGCCAUAUGACUGAGCUGCUGUUCAAAGCGUAAACAACAACAAAAGGAAAACUACAACAACCAACCAACAAACAAACAAACACACGGGUGGCGUUGUGCUGGACAGACAAUGGCUCUCUCCUGGAGUCUCCUCCUGGCGCUCUUGUUUGCCACCCUGACGCUGUCACACAGCGCUGAGCCCGGAGCUCCUCACGGCAAGAGGAGACAGGCGGCGACCUCGGCGGGUGGCAGCAACGCCCUGCAGCACCCUCUGCAAGGUCUACAGGGCCACCGCUACAGCAGGGACCGCGGAGGGCAAGGGGGCCAGGGGGCCCGCGCUGCCAAAGGCGGAGCCGGGCUGCUCUCCCGCAGGCCCCUGCACCCCCUCGCCAGGCCCGAGGAUGACGGGACGGGCCUGGAGAGUUUGAGCCCGGUGAGACUGGAGACGGGCCCGGCCAGGGACAGAGACAGAGUUCGAAUGAGCAUGAAGAGUCCGUCCCAGACCCGGGAAAACCAGCUUCUGGGGACACGCAAAGGACGGGGACAUGGACACGGGAAUGGACACGGUCACCAUUUUGAGCAAAGGAGACAGGGGAGUCGACGUGACAAGGAGCGGCAUGGAAAAGGGUUUCUUCCAGAGCCAGAGCUCAGCUCUGCGUUUAAGGACAGAGAUUUGUUCGAGGAUCCUCCCUCCUCCUCCACCGCCUCCCCCUCCCUCAACAUGACCCCGCCCAGUGACACCCCCUCCCCCAUGGCCGCCGUCUUUGGCUCCGGCUCCUCCAUGGUUACCACGGUGAUGAACGAGCAUCCCCCAACGCUGCCCCCGGCCUCCACCAAACCCCAGAGGUCCGGAAGAGGAAAAGGACAAGGAGAGGUGAUGCCAACGCUGGACAUGGCACUUUUUGACUGGACAGACUACGAGGACAUGAAGCCUGUGGACACCUGGCCGUCAUCCAGGAAGAAAGACAAGAGGCGGAGUAAGAACCUCAGCAGUGGAAAUGUGACUGAAGACGCUGACGCCAUCGAGCCAUGUGACCACCACCUGGACUGUCUCCCAGGUUCUUGUUGUGACUUGAGACAACAUGAGUGUAAACCUCACAACAGAGGCCUCAACAACAAAUGCUACGACGACUGCAUGUGUGAAGAAGGGUUUCGCUGCUACGCUAAAUUCCACCGGAAGCGGCGCGUGACCAGGAGGAGGGGUCGCUGCGUGGUGCCAGAGUCAGUCAGCAGUGACCAAGGAGGCUUCAUCACUAUCUGAGGAAGAGGAGGAGGUGAAGGUGGAGGACAAGAUGGAGGAGCUUGAAGGAGGAGGGGGGUGGGACGUCCACGACGUCUCUGACAGAGCAGAUAGUGCAGCCAUCAAAUCACAUGACACCGCUAACAUGACGCUAGGUGCUGAAAGGUGACGGCGUGCUGGUUCUUCAAAAACAUCUAAACAUCAACAUCUGGUCAGUUAAAAAGCAAAAUAUUGUAGCUGGAAUUGCUGUUUGACUGUUGCAUUGUGGGAUGAGCCACACCGCUAAUUCAGCAUAACGCCACCUUUAAGCACUUUUUGUUGUUAUUCAGCUGUUUUCACUCCAGCGUCACAGCAGAAGCAUCUGUGUUUUUAAAGACUCACUCAGUCAACAAUGACCAGUGCUUUCUGACAUUUUUUAAAUUGAUAUAAAAGAUUCACUUGGCUGCCAACACGUGUCAUCUCAUAGUUUAUGUGUUGAUAUUCACCACAGUUCUGGUGUCUGUUGUGGUGUCAGCAGUUUUUCUCACAGUUUUUCCUGCAGCUGGUUGUCUCUGUCCUGCUGACCUGAGUCAAACAAUGUUUACAAAUCAUUUUUUGUUUUGUGAUGAAUUACUGUGUUUGGAGUCCAAAACGAGCGGCAUUCAUGAGUUCAGGAUCAUUCAAAUUGAGUCAAGUAAGCUGUCAUUCAUGAUACAAUGACUUUGAAGAGUGUGAGCUCUCUGCUACAUUUCGUCUCUCGGUACACUCGCUUUCCAAACAAAUGCUGAAAAUGAUUUGUAAUCAUCCUGUUUUUGAACCCAGUCUGUUGUCCUGUGUUGUAAAUAAGAAUGUGUUUGAAUUGCCGACAACUUUUUGUUAAAUUGACUUCACUUCUCUUCAAAUGUACUUCACGGUAGAACGAUCUUAAUGUAUGUUUUAUUUAUACUGUGCUUAAACACAGUUGUUCAGAUAUUGUGUUUGUCUCUUUCUGUUUGCUUUUCAUGAUUAAACACUUACUAGGAUAA